AUGAUUUUAGUACUACUUACUGCUAUUCUACUGGGUAUUUUUACUUAUUCCGUAUGGGUUUGGUCAUAUUUCAUCCGGAAAGGAAUCAAGGGACCACGUGGGUUCCCAGGGAUCGGGAUGUUGAUUCAAACAAUUGAUCAUGAGAAUCCGCCGUUUUUGAAGUAUCGGGAAUGGACAAAGCAAUACGGUCCAGUAUGGGGCUUCACCGAGGGUCCACAACAAACCAUGGUAAUCUCUGAACCGGAAAUGGUAAACGAGAUUUUCAACAAGCAAUUCGAUAACUUCUACGGUAGAAAACUUCGCCCAAUCAUUGGUGAUCCAGAGAAAGAUAAGAGAGUCAACUUGUUCGCUGCUCAAGGAAAAAGAUGGAAGCGGUUGAGAGCAAUGUCGAGUCCAUCAUUCUCAAAUAACAGUUUGAGAAAAGUGAAGACUACGGUACAAGAAUGUGGAACUGAGAUACUGUGGAAUAUUGAGAAGAAAGUGGCGAGUGGAGAGGAUAUUGAUAUGUUGUUAUUCUACCAAGAAUACACACUUGGAGUUAUUAGCCGUAUUGCUCUGGGACAAUCCGAAUCUAAAAUGUUCCAGAAUCCAUUGCUCCCGAAGGUUAAAGCGAUCUUCAACGGAUCAUUCCAUCUCUUCCUUCUUACUGGUGUCUUCCCACCACUUGCCGCCUUAAUCCGGAAAAUGUCUAAAUCCCUUCCAGCAGACUUUGUGCCUGCAUUCAAGAUUUUCGAUCUUAUUGAGACAGCAGUAGAAGCCAGAAUUGCUCAACGAGAAGCGGAUGCAAAGAAUGGAAUUGAGCCGGGAGAGCCACAAGAUUUCAUCGAUUUAUUCCUCGACGCCCGUUCUGACGUGGAUUUUUUCGGAGAGAAAAAUGAUGACUUCUCUAAAUCAGUUGCAAUGAAAGUGAAUAGAGAACUAACUUUUGAUGAGAUCGUAGGACAGUGCUUUGUCUUUCUGGCUGCCGGAUUCGACACCACUGCUUUGUCGCUCUCAUAUGCCACGUAUCUAUUGGCAACCCAUCCAGAAAUUCAAAAGAAACUUCAAGAAGAGGUGGACAGGGAGUGCCCGGAUCCAGAAAUCAAUUUCGAUCAGCUGUCGAAAUUGAGGUAUAUGGAAUGUGUAAUGAAAGAAGCUCUGAGAUUGUACCCACUAGGUGUGACAGCUAACACCAGAAAAUGCAUGCGAGAAACCACAAUCGAUGGUGUCACUUUCGAAGAAGGAAUGAAUAUUCAAGUGGACACGUGGACCCUCCAUCAUAAUCCUAGAGUAUGGGGAGAGGAUGUGGAAGAUUUUAAGCCAGAGAGAUGGGAAAACUCAGCGUCCGAGCAUUUGGAGCACAAUGGGUCUUACAUCCCAUUUGGCUCGGGACCCCGUCAAUGUAUCGGAAUGCGUUUGGCUCAGAUGGAGCAGAAAAUACUUUUGGCUCAGAUUUUGAAAGAAUACUCGUUCCGGACAACAAAAAAUACGCAGAUUCCAUUGAAACUCGUCGGGAAGUUGACGUUGUCCCCGGAAAGUGUGAUAGUGAAGUUGGAGCCGAGGAAAGAUCUCUUGUAA